AUGGCUGCUGAAAUGGAUCGUCUCAAGCACACUCUCCACAUCUGCGAGCAGGCCGCUCCGCAGUCGGACUAUGCCGACGUCGCGGGCUUCACGCGGGAACCCAGUCGCACCUGCUUCGCGGCCACCGCGAAGGCUGCGAUCUCUUCUUCCAGUGUCAAAGAGGCUGUUCUUCCAUGGCUGGAGGCCGCUGGCUUCAAGGAUGACCAGUGGCAGGUCGUGGGUGACUCUCCUUCUCGGCGAUAUGUAGUCGCUUUCAAAGGCGCGCCUGGGCUGGCUUCGAAGCACGUCGUCCACGCGCAUAAGGCCCUCGAGUUGCCCGACGGUGGAGGUUGGCGUAAGUUCGAGGCUCGCGAUGCCGAGUCCCAGGCGCCUAGUGAGCUGAAGGCCCCGCUGUCGUUUGCGACGUGGAACGCUCGAGCAUUGUUGCACCGCGACCUGCGCAUGCGGCAGCACAACAUGAAGUACUUGUCCCAGUUUCUCUCCAAGGGAACGAUCAUGGCGCUGCAAGAGGUCCACGCCGCGGAGUUGGAGCUUCAGCAGGACUUGUUCAAGCUCCACAUCCCACACCUGGAUUUCUCUUCUUUCGGUGCGCAGCGAAACACUGGCGAGGUGGCUAUUAUCAUACCACGUUCUCAGAGUGGUGUUCAUCAGCGGGCAGAGUUCUGGCACGAGGAGCUGGUGCCCGGAAGAAUUCAGAGGCUUCGCAUUUCCAGCGUCAGUCACAACACCUGUCCAUCGGCGUCUACAGUCAUCUACAAUGUUCACACUUAUAAUAUAUCGAGACAGCAGGUGCAGUCGCUUCGGCAACGGGUCGCUCGCGACGCGGCGCUCGCCAACAUGGCGCCCGAUAGGAUCUCGAUCAUAUUCUUGGGGGACUUCAAUAUCUACGCUGCUCUGCCCAUGUAUCCGUGCUCCUGA